GGAAGUGCUGCAGGAGGCACUGAAGUCACGUGAGGAGUUGUUUUCACAACGAUGCAUUUGUUGCACAGUCCUGACCGUUUUAGCACAUUUAAAGCGUAGAAAUCUGUGUAUCUGUGACAGUUAAAAAGCAAACGCGUUGUUGACAUGGAUGAGGACGGAUUGCCCAUCGUGGGAUCAGGGGUAGAUCUUACAAAGGUUCCAGCCAUUCAACAACGAAGAAUCGUCGCUUUCCUCAACCAGUUCAUCGUCCACACCGUCAGGUUCCUGAACCGAUUUGCCACAGUAUGUGAGGAGAAACUAGCAACAGUAUCAUUACGAAUCCAACAGAUUGAGACCACACUAAGCAUUUUGGAAGCAAAGUUAGCUUCUAUUCCUGGUUUGGAAGAUGUCACAGUGGAUGGAGUGAGAUCAUCUACAGAGACAAACGGUCCUGCUGCGGCUGGCAGUCAUGCCACGGGCCCCACUUUAGGUCCCCCUGUUGAGGCAUGUCAGCAAGUACAAGUGGCCCCUCAGGAGCCGAAAGCAGAGGCCCCAGCGGAAAAUGUGAUGACUGUAGCCAAGGACCCGCGAUAUGCCAGAUACCUGAAAAUGGUGCAAGUGGGUGUUCCAGUCAUGGCCAUUAAAAAUAAGAUGGUAAUGGAGGGUUUGGACCCUGGUUUGCUAGAUACUCCUGAUGCACCUGUUCCGGAUGAAGGCAAAAAAGGAUUGGAAGAGCAAGAUGAUGACAGCUCAGGCAGCGAAUCAUCUUUCAGCGAUUGAUCAGCUCCGCCCCUCACGGCUAAUGAGCGUUUUGUUGGACUUGUGUUGAGCCUUGCUCAUCUCAAAGGAGGGUAAAUGCACUUGAAUGUCCUUACAGAGGACAGACACUUAGUGAUGGCACUAAGUUUGUUUUACAUCUCAGAGACGGCAUACUUGACAUCUAUAGUGAUGGUUUCUGAGGGCACUUGCUCACUAGGUGAGAUUGCUAAUGGUUGUGAUGAUAAUUGGUCAAUUUAAGUCUAAGUGCUACUUUCAUGUGAAUUGUCAUGAAUAUCUCAUCUCUUGCCUGACAUGUACAUGUUAAAUGCCUAGUAUGUACAUAUAAUAACAAUAAAAAGAUGCAGUGAGUGUUUUUAUGAAGUAGAUUUUUAUGAAAUCAGCCUUGUAAAUCUGUUCAUAAAUUGAAUGUAGCAGAGUAAUUUUUUUUUUAAAUGUUUGUAAAUUUAACUUUAGUUGCAACAAUCUUAAACU